AUGUCCCGCUCCUCAAGCGGCCUUUCGAGUCCGGGUGAAAUCUCGUACGACUAUGGCCUUCCCGACCAGAUUUUUUUUGAAGGCGGCAAGCGGCGAAUAAGCAUUACCAGCCGCUAUGGCCCCGAGGACGACGAUGCUGAGCCCAGCUUGACAAAAUCGAAGUGGGCACGGCAUGUCGUCUAUCCAGAGGUCUUCGUCGAAAACAUACCACCCUUUUAUAUCCUGCGGGAGGACAGCAGCUCCCCAGCACCACUGUCUGCAAAUUCUCGAGGACUACAUUCUGGCUCGCAGCAGGGUCACGACGCUCAGCAACAGGAAUCCUACUUCAGCGCCGUAUACCAGGCCGAGUACGACAACACAACGCGGCCUGCAAGAAAGGACAGAAGAUCAAAGCAAGCUUCAACCCUGCCAGCAUGCUCUCCGAAGGACAGAUUCGACGAUGGCGACGACCAUAUGAGUGAUGCGGCGGCGGCGGACAGCGUGGAGCGUCAUGUAGCCGAAAACCACAAGCGCAAUCGGCACUCCAAGCACGAGAGGAUUUUGAAGAGCUUGAUUCGUCCGAAGGCACGCAGCGCCGAUUUCGAGAUCGACGACGAGGCCAUCCAGGGAAUCUUCUAUGCUGCCAACGAAUUCUUCUUCUGUGGGCGCCUCAAGGGUCGUGUCACCUGGGAAUGGUCCGACAAGUGCCACUCUAGAUUUCAGACCAACAUCAUCGGCACCACGGCGCUGCGGAAAGCAAGCAACAUUGGCGGCUACGAGACUCUGAUCAUUCUCUCAUCGCAUUUCUUGCGGGACAAGAACUACAGUCGCCGCCUCUUGAUCUCGACUUUCCUCCACGAGCUCGUCCACAGCUACCUUUUCAUCUGCUGCGGCUUCAAGGCACGUGCAUCAGGAGGUCAUACUGAUGGCUUCAUGCGAAUUGCCAGUCUCAUCGACAAUUGGGCUGGGCCAGAAACACUUCACUUGAAAAAUAUCGAAGCCGACCUGGACGACUUCCUCGCAGACGCCGCGACAUAUCUUCAUGAGCAGCCUCUGAGAACGUCUUAUUGCUCUGGCCAUACAAGUGAAACACCCCCAUCAAGGGUCAAUGCGGCGCCCGAAUGGCUGCCAGCGGAUUUUCUCCACUCAUACGAUUCUCGAUCUGCCAGCCCCGAUACUACCGUAAUGGAGUCUAGGGAACAGAGACAUCGCACUAAUGUAUCCGUCGACGCGGAACCUACUUUCAUCAUUCUACCCACGAAGAGGCCAGAGCCAAUAUGGCAUUACGAGGGCCCAAUCGACUAUCGGCACAAUCGCCUAGCUUAG